AUGGCGCAAGCCCGUCUUCGGGUUCCUUCAACCUGUCUACAGUGCCUGGCGUUGCUGCUGCCUGUGCUCUUGAAUGGCUGUGCAGAGGCAUCAGUGGAUAUGCCGGCAGCCUGCACCCUAUCCGAGUCCAAGCCAAGUAGUGGCAAGAUGGUCCAAGUCUAUUUUGGAUGUGGAUGUUUCUGGCACAUGCAGCAUGAGUUUGUGUCCGAAGAAAUGACAAAGCUUUGCCGCAAAGACGGCAACCUCACUUCUAGAGUGGCAUAUGCUGGCGGAACUAAAGUUGGAGAAGGUGGCCUGGUUUGCUAUCACAACUCGGAGGGCAAGGCAGACUACGGCCAGCUCGGGCAUGCAGAGGUCGUGGUAAUGACCGUGCCCGAAGCUGAUUUCGAAAGCUUUGCUGGGAGAUUUUUUGAAGCAUGCCCUGCUGGAGCAAGACGAGACGUCCAAGACAUGGGUGGCGAGUACAGAUCAGUUAUCGGACUCCCUGGUGGCAUGACGUCUCCUUUGCUAUCGCAAGUUCGAGCCAAAGCUGGCAAAACGAAGCUUGUGGCUGGAAGAGGAGAUGACGGAGACACUCUCGGAACUGGAACGGUGCUGGUCUAUGACACGGCUCAGUUUCCGGCGCAUGUAGCUGAGAAGUAUCAUCAGUUCCACGACGACAUGCUUGACAAAUCGAAUGGCAUGGCCGCUUAUCAGCUAGCUGGUGGAAGUGUCAUCGAUUUGGCCAUACCAGAAGCGACAAGCGCUUUGGAACUCGGCUUGGACAAUCUCCCACGGCUGGAUCCCAUGGGCGGCAUUGUCAUGACUAACGAUGGCAAUGCCAUUUUGCGAGAGGUGGACGUCUCGCACCCGGCCGCCAAGAACAUGAUCGAGCUGAGCCGAGCGCAGGACGAGGAAGUCGGUGAUGGCACGACCUCGGUCAUUAUCCUGGCCGGGGAGCUUUUGGGAGUGGCAGAGCCACUCAUUGAAAAGAAAUUGCACCCAACUCUGAUUGUGUCAGGCUACAUGAAGGCACUAGAAGAUGCACAGACUUUGCUGAAGGAGCUUGCGUAUCCAGUAGACCUCGAGCAUCCGGAGGCCCUGCGGGAAAUUGUACGCGGGUCGAUCGACACAAAGUUUGCGAGCAGGUUCGGCACUUUGAUCUCUGACUUGGCCAUAAAGGCAGUAAAGACGGUUUGCAUCGUCAAGCCUGACGGCCGCAAGGAAAUCGAUGUCAAGCGAUUCGCAAAAGUUGAGAAGAUUCAGGGCGGUGAGCUCACCGACUGUCAGGUGCUCGAUGGUGUCAUGUUCAACAAAGACAUUACGCACCCUCGGAUGAGUCAAACAAACGUGGAAAUCACGAAAGAAGCAGAUUGGGAGAAGCUGCUGCAGCAAGAAGAGGAAGAAAUGCGGAGAGUCUGUGAUGACAUCCUCAAGGUCAAGCCAGACCUGGUCAUCACAGAGAAGGGUGAUCUGGCACAGCACUUCCUCAUGAAGGAGACAGUUCGUGCUAAAAAGCGGUGCUGUGACCGACACUUCGACUUUGCCAGGUGUGGGCGAUUCAAGGUCAGCAAGGUUGGGGAAGAGUACUUCACCUACUUGACAGAGUGCCAGGAUGCCUUUGCCGUAGCUCGCAACAUCAUCCUCGAACCGUUGCUCUUGCCGGGUGGGGGAGCCGUAGAGAUGGAAUUGGCAGCGAGGAAGGAGAAAUCAAAGAGCAUCGAGGGUAGCCGCCAGUACGCCUACAAGGCCGUUGGCGAAGCCCUGGAAGUGAUCCCUCGCAGUGCUGAUGUGGUGCGGGCGAUGACAGACUUGCGUGCCCGACAUGCUGCAACAGGAAACGCCCACAUCGGCAUAGACGGCAAGACGGGCAAGGUCGCUGACGUGAAGGUGCUCAGCAUCUUUGACACCUUCGCCGUCAAACAGCAGACGCUGAGGACGUCUAUCGAAGCGGCAGCGAUGCUGUUGCGUGCGCCGCCAUGGUUCGGGGUCGGGGUAAGGGACGGGCAUGCAUUCAGAGGGAGGGACGACGGCCGGCAAAAGCUGGUGCGGUCGCGAAAGCAGGCCAACGAAGGUAUCGACGACAUCAUCUCCGGCAUCAGCAAGAAGAAGCGGGAUGACAAGCCAUCGGCUGUCCUGUCAUGGGUGCUGAUGACGAAACCUUUGGCGAUUCACGAGACGGUUGAUGCAGCGACGUGGGUGUGUGCCUGCUACCCGUCGCCCACAACACAGGCUGCUUUGCAAGCUCGAGCCAGAGGCGGUUCUGCAACUGUGAACUAUCCAUUCUCGAACCGCUACGAGUACAUUGAUAAGCUCCACCAGUGCGCUCAGGCGGGAGAUGCGGAGAGGGCGGAGACGUGGUUCGCAGACAUGGAGGCUGCUGGCUUCCGGCACGACCUGCAGGCCUACAACAUCCUGUUGAAUGUCUACGCUGCGCGCGGCGCAGUGGAUUCCGUAGACGAGGUGCUGGAGACAAUGCGCGCGAACGCGUGCCAGCCUGACGAGUACACGCUCUCGUCUGCAAUCCGUUCGUGUGAACGCAGAGCAGACGUGCGGCGGGCCGAAGCUUAUCUGCGCCAGAUGUGUGGGCUGGGGGUGUUGCCGAACCAUGCCGUGUACAACACAUUGCUCGAGGUGUGUGCUGCUGCCGGCGAUGUGGCAGGUGCUUCCCGUGUGCUCGGGGACAUGCAGAACGAGAGUGUUCGCAAAGACACGGUCAUCUACAACACGGCCUUGUCUGUAGCGGCAAAGGCUGGCGACUCGGAGAUUGCCGCGAAGUGGUUCCAUCAAAUGACCUCUGCAGGACUGCAGCCGGAUGCACACUCCCAUGCAGCUGUGUUGGGUGCAUACAUGGCCAGCAACGACCCCGGAGAGGCUGAAAAAUGGCUGCAAAAGACGAUUCAGGUUUACAAUAACGCUGGAACAGUUGAUCUCGCUGAAGACGCCGUUCGUCUCCGGUGGAAGUCAAGAUGGUGUCUGAUUCGCGUGCCACAAGAAGCUCAGCCCCUCCGCGUAGCUGAUGCCAAGUGCCGAUUUCUACGGCGCUGCGGCGAGCUGGUGGUUCGGUGGCCAGGCAGUACUACUGAAGCUGCGGUGGGACUGCAGAAGGAAGCUCAUGCUGAGGACCUAAUUGAUGCGACUCAAGCGCCUCGCAGCCUUUGCGACUUCUGUGGCCGGAGGGCCGUCUUCUUCUGCUCCAAGUGCCGAGCUUCUACGUACUGUUCGCAGAGCUGUCAGAAGAGCCAUUGGGUGCAGGGCCACAGGCACAGGUGUCGCUUGGCAGGUCCACUGGCUGCAGCGAGAAGCCAGCUGAGGAAGGGAGAGAUCGCGUUGUCACUGGCAACAGCAGAAGAAGCGAUGAAGGCCCACGUCAGCGCUAUCAAGACGGAGGCAGACAAGGAAUACGCCUUCGAUUGCGAAGUUGUCUUGGCCCUUUCGAAGGGUUUGGCCACAGCACAGGUGCUCAUAGCGGAAGCCCUGGCGGCCGACAAGGACCUUGCCAGCCACAAGUUCUGUCGGGCAUGCUUUUCUUCGGUUGCGGCUAUGUUGGAUCUUGCCGCGGCUCUGAAGGAGGAGCGCUGUCCUCCGGCUCUCUGGACACAGGCGCAGGCUGUAGCACAAGGCAUUGGAGAUCGAGGAGAUGCCGAUCCUGUUUUGUCCGCCUGGAUGCUUUACGACGCCUACGCCCGUGGCCUCGCAGACAGGCCAUCUUCUUACACCAAAGCCCUCUCUCAAAUGAGGAUCGUGGCGUUGCUGGCUGUUCGAGACAUGCUUGCUGCCAGCACUGGGCUCCUCCAGGGCACGCAGGCAGGCAAACAAUGCUUUGCGGACAUGGCUGUCGCAGAAUCUGCUGCUGUGGUCCUGCAGAUGGAUCCCUUGAAAGUCUGCCGUGAGGAUUUGGGGCCACUCCGUGAGUUCUAUCCCCAGAAAGGAGCCUUGAGCAUCGGUGUUGAGGAGGAAGAGGAUGGUCUACAAAGCACGGCGCUCUUCAACAGCAUGGUUGAUGCGUAUGGCAAAGCUGGCGAUCUCAAAGCUGCAGUGGCGACAUUCGACACGAUGAGGGCCUCGGCAGUGCUGCCCAACAAGACCAGCUACAACAUCCUUGUCAAUGCCUACGCUCAGGCAGCAGGGGAGAUGCGCUCAGCAGUGAAAACAAUGACAGAAAUGCGUCGACAAGAACUGCGGCCAGACACCAUCACGUACACAUCUAUCGUUGCUGGGCUUUCCGGUGUUGGAAAUACCAAACUGGCCGAGGAAUGGCUGGACAGCAUGCGCCGUGCUAACUGCGAGCCGAACGAGGUGACCUUUGGUACGAUUUUGAGCUCGUGCGAGAAGCGACACAGGGUGCAGGCAGCAGAGCAACUGUGGACAAAAAUGGUUAGCUCGAGUAUGCAGCCGAAUAUCGUUCAUUUCAACACGUUCAUCAACAUCUAUGCGGCCGCUCGGCAGCCAGCAAAGGCAGAGGGAAAGUUCAAUGACAUGGUGCGUGGAAGACAAAUGCCGGAUAUGGGAAGUUUUGGAUCACUGAUCAAGGCCGCUGGACGUGCGCCAGAUGCAUCGCGUGCACACUUAUGGCUGGAGCGUGCAAGGAGUGCUGGUGAAAGACCAGAUGCUCGCGCAUUUGCCUCGAUGCUAGCGGCCUGUGCACAGGUGGGUGAUGUCCAACGAAGCAGAGAGAUCUUACAGGAGAUGGAAAGACACGGCAUUGCAAAAAAUGUUGUGACCUACACCACGCUUGCUCGGACCUGUGCCAUGGCUGGAGAUCUCCAAGAGGCGGAAAAGGUGAUAGAUUCCAUGAGCGAAGCAGGCAUAUCGCCAACCUCUUUGACAAUCAAUGCAAUGAUGACGGCCUGUGAAAACGUGCAGCAACCUUUGUCAGCAGAUCUCUGGUUCUUACGAUUGGUUGCUCGCGGAGCAAAAGUGGAAGUAGUUGGUUCGAACAGUUUGCUGCAGGCGUGGGUCAGAACAGACUGUCGGCGGAUCGUAGCAUGGCUUGGGAGAUUAGAGUCUGUUGGAGUUCUCCCCGAUGUGAUCUCCUUCAAUGUGCUGAUGAACUCGGCGUCUCUGGCGCUCGACAAGGACAUGGCCCUUGAGGCCUGGGCAGGACUUAGGGCUGCCAAUUUGCGGCCGACUCUCGCCAGCUAUCGAACUGUGUCGAAGGUCUUGGCGAGGUUUGGCGAUUAUAAGCAGCUUUCGGAGAUUCUUGACGCUGCGGCCAAGUUGCGACCACGAGAUUUCUUCUGCGAGCGUGCUUUUCUCAGUGCAUGCGCGAACGCCAACCCCAAGGCAGCCAAGGAAGCAGAAGAGGCGUUCUUGGCCUCGCAGCACCUUUUGCGAGACGAUGCUGUUGCCAAUCGGGCACUGCGAUUGGCCGUGGGUGAUGCGCGGUAUUCGGAGCUCAGCAAGAAGAUGAACCUGCCCAAGCCGAGCAUCAUCGCAAGGGCUGACACUGACACCCACACUUCGAGAGAAGGAAGCCACGUGACUGCGACGCUGACAGGUGAGAUGAAAAGGUCUCCCAAAGUACAGUUUGUGGUGAGUAAGGCAGCCACACACUUCGCCAGUGUUUCAGAGGUGGCCAUCAGGUCAUCACCGGACAACCAGGGACAGGAGGAUGGUAGACGGUCGAAAGGCCCCAAGCCAAGGCCAGCACGCCCUGCCGUGGUGGUCUCGAGUGCCCCGGAGUCUCUGCUUCGUGUUCCUGGAGCUCCUGCUCGGAUCACUGAAAGCAGAGACUACAGGUUUGGCCUUCGUGCACGAUUACGACCUGGCUUGAGCUAG